AUGUCCGACACAGACGAGCAGCAGUUAUGGGAUAUAUCCCAACCUCUGCCAACUGUCACGAUCGAUGAUGAAGAGCAACAGCAUAGAUUCUGGACUGGAAGAGGACCGGAUGAUUCCUUCGUUCAGGGAAGCAGUGAGCAACAAUCUACAUUCGAACUCGACUCUCCCACUCCAGUACGCACAAUUCCUCGAAUGCUUCCUACCGGCAGGACCAGUCCAUAUUUCCAGCAAAUCGGUCAAUCGAGUGGUAACAUCCACCACACAGAUACCAUCCCGGCCAAUCCACCCUCCGUUGCCACCCAAAGUCAACAUCGUCCUAGUACGUCUCAUCAUCAUGAAGCCGCUAUCUCCAGUACCUCUAUGAAUGAACCUACCCCACAGUAUACGCCACCGCCAAUUGAGUCCAUUGGCGACGAGGAACCUGUAGCUACGGCGGAGGUAAUCAAACAGCGCCAAGCAAAUCAGAAGACAGGUAUUGAGGAUGUUCCCAUUUCGAGACUUAUCAAUGAUCAGCAAAGACAAUGUUUCAAGUUCAAGUUUUUCAACAAGGUUCAAAGUGCUGUCUUCGACGAUGCAUACAAAGAAAGCGAAAACCUCGUCGUCUCGGCUCCGACGGGUUCAGGCAAGACUACUAUAUUCGAACUCGCUUUCUUACAAACCCAAACGGUCAUCGCGACCAAACAUGGAACACCUCUAUCAAUAUACAUCGCUCCUACCAAGGCUUUGUGUAGCGAAAGACAAAAGGAUUGGCAAGCGAGGAUGCAUACCUUACUUAACAUUGAAUGUACACAAAUCACCGGUGAUACCGGGGAUUUCGACACGGCUUGUCGACUUAUCAGGAAAUCGGACUUAGUCGUCUUUACCCCCGAGAAGCUGGAUUCGAUCACAAGGCACGAGAGAUGGGCAAAGCAGGAUUUCUAUAACAGACUCAAGUUGAUCAUGAUUGACGAAGUACAUAUCCUUCGUGAAGAUAGAGGUGCAACUUUAGAAGUUAUAAUCGCGAGGAUAAGGCAGAAUACCGCCGCGGUAAGAAUAGUCGCUUUGAGCGCGACCAUCCCGAAUAUCGAUGAUAUAGCAAGGUGGAUCGGUCAGCGAGAACCCGAUAAUCCGUAUGAGCUCUCGUCUGGGGUUUACCGAGGGGAAGAAGAUGAAGAACAUAUUCUAGAGAAGAAGGUUAUCCGGAUGCCUAAAGCCAAAGUAUACCAAUUUGGGGAAGAAUAUCGACCGGUCCAAUUAAUGAGGAAAGUAUAUGGGAUCGAAUGCAGCUCCGAAUGGGUCCUGGACACAAAGCUAGAUGCAGCGUUGUUCCCAAUACUCACUAAACACGCGCAAGGCAAGCCGGUUCUGGUGUUUUGUGCCACUCGAAAAGCGUGUCAGAAAACGGCCGAACUCAUCUUCAACUUGUAUCAAGAAUCACAGGCGAAAAGUUUAGUUCUUCCUUGGCAGCCUCCUAACCUCAUUGGCCCGAACAAGAUAGCAUUAUCAGAUUCGAAGCUCAGCAACUACGCUAGCUGUGGGAUAGCUGUUCAUCAUGCUGGUCUUACUUAUCCCGAUCGAAGAACGAUUGAAGAUGCAUUUAUCAAUGGAAACCUUCAUAUGAUUGUGUCAACCUCAACGCUUGCAGUAGGAGUCAACCUUCCUGCUCAUACCGUCAUCAUCAGAGGAACUACUGCAUGGCAUGGAGCUGUGACCGGGUUCAAGGAGUACUCGGAUAUCGACAUUCAGCAAAUGAUGGGUCGAGCUGGUCGACCUCAAUUCGAUAAAUCAGGUACAGUAGUCGUGAUUUGUGAACAAUCGAAGGUCAAGAAGUAUGAAUCCAUGCUGUAUUCCUCAACAUUACUUGAGAGCACCCUACAUCUCAACCUCAAAGAGCAUCUCAACAGCGAAAUUGCUCUGGGCACUAUCGAUAGCCUUGCUACCGCUCAAGCUUGGUUGAAAAAGUCCUUCUUAUACAUUCGACUCCAACAGAAUCCGAGCUACUAUUCUGCUACAUUGGAAAACGAAAUGGCGAAAUCUGAAGAUGACACCUGGGACGAAUACGCUACCCAUUAUCUUCAAGAAGCAAUAUCGAGGCUUGUACACGCUGGUUUUGUCGAACAAACUGCCAAAGCAGACCCAGGAGAGUUCAGAUUGCAGUCUAGUCCUUCAGGUCAGAUAAUGAGACGGUCAAUGAUCUCAUAUGGCACAGCAAGUAUGCUCGAAAUUAUGAGUAUCGAGGAAGAUGCGACACUCCGAGAUCUGCUCGAAAUCGUAGCCCGUGCGCAAGAAUUCCAAGAUCUGCGGAUUCGACCGGGAGAUGCGAAACUUUUGAACCAACUUCGUGUUCAUAGCGACACUAGGUUUCAAAUUCAUAGAAACGUCAAGGACUACUCAGACAAGGUAUUCCUGCUUAUGCAAGCUCAAUUCGGCAAUAUUGCCUUGGAUAUGGAGAAGAAAACAGAGGCUACUUCACCCUUACAAACUCAGAUGUUGAUCUUCACUCACGCCCAGAGGAUCGCUGCAGCGAUCAUUCAAAUUGCCUUUCAACGUGGUUACGGAGGACCGCUUCGAGCGGCGAUCGAACUGUAUCGUACGAUUGCAGCCAAAGCAUGGGAAGAUACAGCUGUCGUGUUUCGCCAAAUCGAUCAGAUUGGGCCGAUCUCGAUAAGAAUACUCGAGCACGAGAAUAUACGCACUUUCGAACAAUUUUUAGCUGCCGAUCAAUCUUGGCUUCAAGCGAAAUUGAAUAAAUUGUACAAGCCCGUGAGAGAGAUGAAGGAGAAGGUGAAAUCAAUGCCUCGUUUCCACUUAACUAUCGAGUUCGGAGAAAUUCAAAGUGGCAAGCCCCCUACACUGAUGCUCAAGGUCGACAUCCAACCAUUGACCGAGAAUAUGGCGGAAGGGAACCAACGUAAACAUGGGCGGAAAUCUAAUUCCGGCAAUUGGAAUUUCUCACUGCUCUUUCUCAGGGAUGAUGAUUCCUAUGUCAUGUACAGAAAAAGGUCCUUGAAACAGCUUAUCGCCUCGAAAGACAAGAGUGUUGAAGUGGGGGUUCCGCUCGAUAGGAGAUGCGAGAAAGUCAUUUGUCACUAUGGAGUCGACGAAGUGGCUGGAUGUUCCGGAACUGUCGAAUACAUUACCAAUCUUACCGAUGAUGAUUAUCCUAAGAGUGUCACUGAUCCUCCUGCGGGAACAAACAAAGAUGUCGAACUGGUUACGAAACGAUCUACAACUACCCUCUUGCCUACGACUGAAGAUGCACCUGAAAAGGAGGAAAUCAUACUCGACGGUCCAACUGCAAAAUCCAAAUCAUUCAAAGGCAAAAACACCAAACAUGGUCGAACCACGGAAAGCCCAGCUCCCAAAGUGAAAAAAGCUGAUCCUCAUCGACAUAGAGAGGAUCUUCCUGACGAAGCUUAUGAGAUGAUCAUCGAGGAUGUGUCAUCUGAUAACGAUGAUAUCAAGCCAGCUGAAAUCAAGCAUUCUCCACCUCCAAGCGAUCCGACUCUCGACUGGGAUGUGAAUGAUAUGUUUGCAGAUGUCAACUUUGUUUCCGACUCUUCUUCGGCACCUCAAUCGGUCUACUCAACAGAAGAUGUUAAGGGUGGAAAGGUUAUGAACAUAGGUUAUGAAAUUCUCGAUCAUCCACCUAAUCUUGAGAAUACCAAUUACGACAAUGAUCACCUUGGUAGGGAAUCGAGCUUCGAGUAUCCACUUGGCGAUUAUCAUACGAUGGAUCAAACCGAGCAAAAUGGUCAUAAGAGAGUUAUGGAGGACUACCCAACCGAAGAUACCUUCGAUCCCACUGAUAUACUCCCGCCUCUUGCGAAAAGACCGAAAACAGUCACGUUCAGUGGGACUGACGAUUAUCGCGUAUACCAACCUGCUGACCCGGCUGGACAAGAGUAUCCAGACGCGGGAGACCAUCAAGGUGGAGAUACUUGGCCUGAAAGUCGAUUUGAAGAAGGGGCAGAUGAAGAGUACGACGAGCUCAUGUGA